AUGGCUAAUUUUUUUGUUAAAUUGUGGGAAAGUGUGUUCGAACCAGGGACCUCCCCUCAGCUAAUCAUUGCCACGCACGUAUCGUUUGUUGCAUUACUGUUGACUCUAAUUUGGCUCAUUUAUGCCACAAACGGGAACAUACACUUUUAUGUUCUCUUCGGUAUAUCGCUUCUGCUCUGGAUCACUGUCAUCUGGUUCAUAAACGAAUUGUCACAGGUUAAAUUGAAGGAUAAUGUUGAACUGGACAACGCUGCCAAUAAGAAGGAUUCAAACGCCAUAAAGAACAACGAAAAGGACAAUGAAGAAGGAGGAAACUCCUCAAGUACCUCCAGACCGACUCAAACGCAUUCUAGGUCGAGAAAAGCAUAG